AUGAAAUCUAAGAAUAAAUUUGCAUUUAGUCAAUGUCUAGAGAAAAAUAAUUUUGGUUUCUGUACUGACACGUAUUUGGUUAAGUAUAAAGUAAGUAACUGCGGAGGCCCAAAAUUCACCAUGCCUUCAAUAGCUGGGAAAUAUCAACAUUACAAGAAUGAAAAUAUUGAUGACUACUUUACUGCUGUGGGCGUUCCCUUUAUGGGUAGAAAAAUGAUGAGUAUGUCAUCACCUCUAAUGGAAAUAGUAUUGGAGGGCGAGCAAAUGCAUAUAAAAACUUCAUCAUUGUUAAGAACAGUUGAAUACACAUUUAAACUAGGUGAAGAGUAUGAAGAACAAAUGCCCAAUAAAAGUGUUUUGAAGAGUGUCACGAAGAUUCAGAAUGACAAUGAGGUUUUGACAGAAUCCGUAAUACCUGAAUCUGGAGAGAAAUGUGCUAGGCAUUAUCAGUUCACUGAUGAGGAGUGUAUAAUUGUAUGA